GUAGAGAAGAUCCUCCUAACGUCACUACAUUUACCUGUCGUGAAGACUAAGCAGAGAGACUCUUUUGCAAAGAGUUUAACCUACAUCACCAGGCACGAGGCACCUGGUAUUGUCCAGAGGAAUACUAUGUAUAAAUGGUAGGUUAGAGUUUUCACUAUAAGGAAUACAACAUGGAUUUCCCUAGUGUUGAAGACCCGCUACUUUGUGGACGCAAACUUGGACCAGACACUGUGGAAGCAAACUGAUUGAGUGAUUGAUAGAAAGCGCCACCGCUCGUUAGACGGCCGGCAUAUGGUUGCUUGAUUGAUAGCCACUUGUUUGGUAGAAGUUUCUCAUUAUUAUACCAUAGAAGUAAUCCUACUCCAAGCACCUUCACGACUAGCAGAUUUUUAUGCAUCAUAGUUGUAGUUCUAGUACAACUACUACUUCAUUCUGCUACUGCUUGCUGCAACUACUCCUACUAUUUUUGAGUUCAACAUGAUUAUUAUUAUCAUGAAGUUCUAGUUCCUCCUAGAUUCUAUACUUCUAGAUCUGAAGUAAACGUAAUCCCUGUCUAGUCCUUUCAUCAUACGACCUAAUCUAGAUCUGAAGUAAUCGUAAUCCCUGUCUAGUCCCUUCAUCAUACGACCUAAUCUAGAAGAUCUGAAGUAAUCGUAAUAACGUAAUCCCUGUCUAGUCCUUUCAUCAUAUGACCUAAUCUAGAUCUGAAGUGAUCGUAAUCCCUGUCUAGUCCUUUCAUCAUAUGACCUAAUCUAGAAGAUCUGAAGUAAUCGUAAUAACGUAAUCCCUGUCUAGUCCUUUCAUCAUACGACCUAAUCUAGAAGAUCUGAAGUACUUAAUCGUAAUAAAAACGUAAUCCCUGUCAUCUACUUACUCCUCCUUUCAUCAUUUUUGCUGGAAAUUGAAGAAGAACAUCAUGUGCGAUCCCCAGGAGUACUUCGAUCGUGCCUUGGCAACUCUCCAGGUUGCCUCUGGGUUCGAAGAGGAAGGCAAUGCUUUGAAGGCCUUUCACGAGUAUAUGCAUGGCCUCGAGUUGAUGCAAUUGGGCUUCAAGUACAGCAAAAAUGAACGGGCGAAGCCGUUGUACAGGCAAAAAAUGGUGGAGAUCUUGAAGCGGGCGGAGGAAUUGAAGAAAAUAAUCGAUUCCGGAGGAUCAAUUUUGGCGAAAUUUUCUUCUUCAACAUCAUCAGGUAAUCUAGCACUAGCUGGGGGAGGUGGGACAAGAGGAGGACAAGAACAGGGUCAGGGUGCUAGCUCAAGUGGACCUGGCGCUAGCAGCUCAAGGGGACCUGGACCUGGUGGUGCGCAAGCUACUCGUUCAAAACAACAAGAUGAGCUUCUAGCAACCCUAUCUGGCGCUAUUGUCAUCGACACACCCAACGUGAAAUGGGAAGAUAUCUCUGGCCUCGAGGAAGCCAAAAGAACUCUUCUUAAGCCACUGUCAUUUUCAAUGGACUCUUGUUACAGGACUCUUGUUAAAAAGGACUCUUGUUAAAAAGGACUCUUGUUAAAAAGGACUCUUGUUAAAAAGGACUCUUCUUGAAGGACUCUUGUUAAAAAGGACUCUUCUUGAAGAGGGACUCUUGUUAAAAAGGACUCUUGUUAAAAAGGACUCUUGUUAAAAAGGACUCUUGUUAAAGGACUCUUGAAACGCAUUGCCAUUCUUCAAGCACUAUCUAAUCUUGGUUUAUCGUGUGUGACUGUGACUUCUAAUCUUCGCUUAACAACUGAGCUACCACUAGAUUUUCCACAUCUGUACACGCAUGGAAAAUCACAGCUAGUACCGUGGAAGGCCAUUCUGCUAUACGGACCACCGGGAACGGGGAAAACAUUCUUGGCGAAGGCGGUGGCAAGUUCUACUGCGCCAGCUGAAGAAAGGAAAAACAGCAAAGAUGAUCACGGUUGGAAAAACACUUGGGAACCAUACUUCGGCAGAGGAGGAAGAGGUCAAGAUCACGCAAAAAAACCAGCAUCGACGUUUCUCAGUGUCUCAGCGGCAGACCUGAUGUGUAAGUUCGUAGGAGACUCGCCGAAACUUGUCAAGACGCUAUUCGAACUAGCGAGAGAGAAGGUCUUCUUGCAUGUUAUUUCUUUUACUUGGUAUGGAACUUGGCUUUUGCAUGUCUGUGUACGUGGUCGCUGAUGUAGGAUCAUGGGUACUAGUUGUUAAUAUUAGAGUAACAAUUUCCAAUGAAUUCCAAAAACCUCGUAUGUAGUUGAUUGAAUGGACCUUCGUUUGUUUAGCCUCUGGUUUAAAUGCAAUUACUACUACUUCGACAGGUGGCUCCACUGCUUUUUAUGUUUUCAAAACGAAUUACUUCAGGCUCCAAGCGUUGUUUUCCUUGACGAAAUUGAUUCCCUAGUGCAGAAGCGGAGUGACUCCGACAAUCGAAGUGAGAGUAGCCGACAAGUAUUUUACGGCUUCCUUUAAUCCAAAUCCAUCUUUGGGAGCAUCUUGAGUGGUCCGUUUUCAUGAAUGUGGGAAAAUAAAUCCUAAACAUGUUAUUCUGUUGAAUGAUUGUAGAAAUAAAGCUUUGCUGGUGUUAAAUAAUGUGGAAAAAACAAGGUUCAAGGAUGCGUCUCAUCAUCAAAAUGGACGAGGGUCUAGGGUUUAUGGAAGAAGUUUUUCCAACAACGACCUCCUGCCAGGCACAUCAAUCAAUCAAUCUACUCAAAAAAUCUCACUCUAAGUAUUGACCGAAUUUUUGACGCAGAUGGAUGGCGUUGGGCCCAGUGUGGAGGGGGUGUUGGUCAUCGGCGCCACGAACACCCCAUGGGAAUUGGAUAGAGCCAUUUUAAGCAGAUUUCAGAAUUAUGAUCGAUUAGAUUGAUUCAUUAUGGUUUUGAUGAUUCUACGUGCAUUCUACGUGUGGUCACGUAGUCGUGGUCGGUUCUAGUUUUAGCAUUGUAGAAGAACAGGUUUGGUUGGAGGAUCAUUUCCUAUAAUUCAAAAAAAAAGGUACUAAUUAAUACCACAACUUUGAUCUUAAAGAUAUUUCUACGCGCUGGAGGUGCUUGUUCUUGAAGUGUGAAUUCAUUUUGUUGAUCAGCUUAAUACAUCAGGAGCGUACUACUUGUAUUAAGGGUUUCCGAAUUGCAUGCCUCACUACCAUCCCCGACUCUUUUCCUAGUAGAAAAGAGGCCAGGGAUGUUCUGAAGAAUGUAACUCCGUAGCCUCUAAUUGUAUGCUCUAGGCAUACAGCAACUUUUUAGAAAAUAUCUGUGGUCCUCUCUCCUUCUAAUUUGCAAAGAUUCUGAUCCCCCUUCCCGACGUUGCUGCACGCAAGGACCUGUUAGCACGCUGCCUCAAGAAGGAACGGUGCGAAGAUGGCCUUAACGUUGCACAACACGCGCCUUUACUGCAGAGCUUAGUACUAUGCUGACACUGAAACUGAUUAAGAUGAACAUCUCAAGGGAAAAGGUCGACAGUGUCGUUCCACUUGAGUAGGAUGGGCCGCCUAGAUCUAGAACUAGAUGGGGGGGGGACGACCACGACCACGGCCACAUCGAAAUUCCCUUCGUUGCAUCAUUCAUUACAGAGUCACUAAAUAUUAUAGCUACCAUCUUCUCACACUCACUAUUCACGGAGACCACGACUAACUAUUCACGGAACUCCGUGACUAUCUUCUCACUAUUCACGGAACCACUACCAUCUUCUCACCACUCCGUGACUAUCUUCUCACCACUACCAUCUUCUCACUAUUCACGGAACUCCGUGACUAUUCACGGAGACACUGUGAGACGAAGUUACAACUGAAUCAGUCGUGUCAUCCUUCAUUUGUGGAAGCAACCGAAAAUUUCAGUGGCCGCGAUCUGAAAGCUCUGGUUCUACAAGCUCUACAGGAGUGCGUCUCAGAGUUUUGGGUAGCGAGCAAGUGGGUCGUUUUAGUACCACACCCGUUCGAUGAACAUUAAGGCUAUUUUCCUCGUCGUGGUUUGAAUCAAUCGAUCAUCCUGAUAGAUAAGACCGGUAACUAAUCCAAAUCCACCCUUCUUCGUCUGAGACAUCCACCGAAAAAAGUUGCAGUGUUUUCAGAACAAACUUGUUCUAGGUCUAUAGUACAGCGUGAUGAAAAGUCGGUAGUGCACGACUACAAGAAGUGCUAGUAGUGUGAGUAGGGGAAAGCGAAAAGACGAGGUACUCUACUCCUACGUGGAUGUGAGUACUGUAGUCAAAAAGAUGAUGUAGAUUAGAAGAUAAUGAAGAAGAAGAUGGAUUGGGCAGUAGAUUAGGAGAAGAUGCAUUGGGCAGGAGUUUUCAUUUAUAUGAUUUACUAGCGUCUGGGAAAUCUUAGGCAGCUCGCCGAAUAGAUUCAAUCCAUCACUAGCUGCAGUAGAACUAGAAGAUAGUGAAGAAGAAGAUGGAUUGGGCAGUUUAGUUCUAAAUCCAGCUAGACUACGCAUUGGAACCUAUUAUAGCUGGGGGAGAAGUAGACGGCUCUGGGACAGCUCCUCAAAGUGGGGUUCAGAGUUGUUCUUUCGACGAUCUGAGACAAGACGAAAAUAUGAGAAAGCGAACCAUUCUUCCCAUUAUGGUCUGCUUUUUCUACCCAUGAUCCUUGAUGUUUUUGUUAGCAUCUACUCUUUGGUACCCAUGAAAUAUAAUAAAUCUUUUUGUCGUUUCCAUGAAAUAUAAUAAGUGAACAGAACGCCUAAGCCACCUUGGCUCAGCUGCAGUGGCUUCGGCGUUCUUUUCCCAUACAUACAUAGAAUGAUACAUCUUCAAGGGAAAACAAGCUACCAAGAAGAUGGGCGGGGGGCCGAGAUGGAUUCAAGCUGACGCCUCUAAUCUCAGACUGCGUGUGAGGCAUAUGCAGAGAGCGUUGCAGCUGAUAAAAGCGAGUUGCGGAGCUGAGGACUUAAAGCAGUUUGAAGAUUGGACGAGGGCUUACGGGACGUCAGGGGUGUAAGGAUUGGAUAAGAGGAGCCUAUGUUGGUGCCUCGGUGGUCUGGCAUCAUAAGUUAGAGGACACCAUCUAUGCAUUUAGGUGGAGAAAGUCAUACUUACUUACACAAAAUGCGGCACACAGGAAGAUGUUUGUCAAGAAAAGAGUAAGUAAGAGUGACUAAAAGAAGAGCGUAGGUAACGCAUGAGUAGUGAAAACUGAAAUACUGUCAUGGAUAUUCUUGUGGAGAACGAGAAUGCGAGACAAGGCAAGCAAGAUAAAAAGAUUCGACGUUUCCAUAACUUUAUUUCGAGCAGAGUUGUAAGUUCAAGGAGACAACACAGGACGCAGAGUUUCUUGGGAUGAAUUUCGCAAUUUUUCGGGAUCGUUUUAUUUUCCUAAAACCCAAGGAGGAGAACAAAUGGCAAGUUGUAUGGCUCCGGUAUUUGGUAACCUGAUUUUGAUCAUAAGGGAAAACAAGAAGAGCAUCCUUGUGAUCCAAUUCAGGUUACCAAAUACCGGAACCAUUCGAAAGUGCUUCCGCCGUCUUCUUGCUUGACGAACAUGCCGAAAAAAGGACUAGAACGGCGCAGGCUUGUACGUAGGGAACUGAACUGUGCCCAUUUUCAACUUGUUGACGAGUCUGCAUUUAGAUAAGGAUAAAGGCCUUUGAAUGCGAAUAACAUAAUGCGCAUAUUAACAUAGAAAGUCUUUCCGUGUUGCUCCUCUUUCUUUCAUGUCUCGGCUUUUUCAGGUCACGCUGACGACUACUCGUCAAUGCUGUUAUCUGUGUGAGCGCUACAGUGGUACUUUCACAAGUCAUAGUUCCGCUGCGAGGCCUUGUGCGUGAAUGAAAAAUAGUUCCCAUAAUCCCGUGCAGUCUUCAUGCUAAUCAUUCAUGGACCUGAAUUUUCCUGGAGGUUUUUUCGUGGUCCUAUCAAGUUGAAGGUAGUAAAAAAAGGCGAAGGACAUGAUGAAGAAUCCGGUGCUGUCUCCUUUUCUGGUCGUUUGGAAUGUCAAAGAAUUUUUUUUGCUUCUUCUGUAAUACCCUCAAAGAAUCAUGCUGAUGAUCGUGCAGUUCUGGAGAGUAGAGAUCUACCCAACUAAAAAAUAAAAAAGUAAAAAACAAUAUAAAGCUUAAAAAAGAGAUAAAAAUGUAUGAUAUGAAUAAAAACUGACGAAAAAUUUGUUGCCACUAAUAAGCUUUUUCCUGCUGAUCCGAGUAGUUUUAGAUCUUCGUAACGCAGUAACUUGGUUUUUAAUCUUGAUGAUCUAUUUGCCGAUGCGUCGACUUCUACCUGGGUCAAAAAA